AUGGCUACCGGAGCGAAUGCCACGCCGCUGGACUUCCCAAGUAAGAAGCGGAAGAGGAGCCGCUGGAACCAAGACACAAUGGAACAGAAAACGGUGAUUCCAGGAAUGCCUACAGUUAUCCCCCCUGGACUUACUCGGGAACAAGAGAGAGCUUAUAUAGUGCAACUGCAGAUAGAAGACCUGACUCGUAAACUGCGCACAGGAGACCUGGGCAUCCCCCCUAACCCUGAGGACAGGUCCCCUUCCCCUGAGCCCAUCUACAAUAGCGAGGGGAAGCGGCUCAACACCCGGGAGUUCCGCACGCGCAAGAAGCUGGAAGAGGAGCGGCAUAACCUCAUCACAGAAAUGGUUGCUCUCAACCCUGACUUCAAGCCACCUGCAGAUUACAAACCUCCAGCAACACGUGUGAGCGAUAAAGUAAUGAUUCCACAAGAUGAAUAUCCAGAAAUCAACUUUGUGGGGCUGCUGAUUGGGCCCAGAGGGAACACGCUGAAGAACAUAGAGAAGGAGUGUAACGCGAAGAUAAUGAUCCGGGGGAAAGGGUCUGUGAAAGAAGGGAAAGUUGGGCGCAAAGAUGGCCAGAUGUUGCCAGGAGAAGAUGAGCCACUUCAUGCCCUGGUUACCGCCAACACCAUGGAGAAUGUGAAGAAAGCAGUAGAACAGAUCAGAAACAUCUUGAAGCAAGGGAUUGAGACCCCUGAGGACCAGAAUGACCUGCGGAAGAUGCAGCUUCGGGAGCUGGCUCGCUUGAAUGGGACCCUUAGGGAAGAUGAUAACAGGAUCUUAAGACCCUGGCAGAGCUCAGAGACCCGCAGCAUCACCAAUACUACAGUGUGUACCAAGUGCGGAGGGGCCGGCCACAUUGCUUCUGAUUGCAAAUUCCAAAGGCCUGGUGACCCGCAGUCAGCUCAGGAUAAAGCUCGGAUGGAUAAAGAAUAUUUGUCUCUCAUGGCUGAACUGGGUGAAGCUCCUGUGCCAGCAUCAGUGGGCUCCAGCUCUGGGCCUGCCAGCACACCUCUGGCCAGCGCACCUCGGCCUGCUGCUCCCGCCAACAACCCGCCGCCACCGUCUCUCAUGUCUACCACCCAGAGCCGCCCACCCUGGAUGAACUCUGGCCCUUCAGACAGCCGGCCCUACCACGGCAUGCAUGGAGGUCCUGGCGGGCCUGGAGGCGGCCCCCACAGCUUCCCACACCCGUUACCCAGCCUCACAGGUGGGCACGGUGGGCACCCCAUGCAGCACAACCCUAACGGACCCCCGCCUCCGUGGAUGCAGCCGCCGCCGCCGCCGAUGAACCAGGGCCCCCACCCGCCUGGGCACCAUGGCCCUCCUCCAAUGGAUCAGUACCUGGGAAGUACGCCUGUGGGCUCUGGGGUCUAUCGCCUGCAUCAAGGAAAAGGUAUGAUGCCGCCACCGCCUAUGGGCAUGAUGCCGCCACCGCCGCCGCCACCCAGUGGGCAACCUCCUCCCCCGCCUACUGGGCCGCUACCCCCAUGGCAACAGCAGCAGCAGCAGCCUCCACCACCCCCUCCGCCCAGCAGCAGUAUGGCUUCCAGUACCCCGCUGCCAUGGCAGCAAAGAUCCCUCCCCGCGGCAGCGAUGGCCCGAGCCAUGAGAGUGAGGACUUUCCGCGCCCAUUGGUGA